GGAGCGGAUGCGGCGCAGGAUAAACACAAACCUUGUUUGCCAUCUGCCUGCGCCAGAGAUAGCCGGACGCAGCACGGCUCGUCACGUGAAAAUGUCAGUGAGGGGGUUGUAGAGUGAGUACAACACCCUCAUCAACAACAUCCAGAGCGAAGAUCAAAAUCAACCACGCUCACUGCUCGAGUCCCCAGGCGACGACAGCAGCUACUUCACCACAAUGCUUCGUUCUCCCGUUCUGCUCCUUCUCUCGCUGGUCUCGUUCGUGUGCACGGCGGUUGCUUUAUUCAACGACGACGCCUUCGUCAUUGACUGGCACAAGCCCGCCAUCGGCUCGCUCACUCCCUCGAGACUGCUUCUCUCGCCAACAUCCCUCACCGCACUCUCCGACUCUGCCAUUCUCGCAGCCAUUGACCCUCUCUCGGGCGACUUCCUCUGGCGCCACUCACUCACCCACUCUGCAAUUGCCCAGGAUGCUGUUCUCACCAGAUUAGAUGACUCCUCUGUCCUCGUCGCCGCCGCCUCGCCGACCGAUCCAGCUAUUACCCACAUCGCUGUCUUCGUCGAGCUCAACGGCGGUCUACUUUGGGAAUCAAAUCUCGCCAUUGGUGCUCCAAUCAGCGUCACCGUCGGCUCCCGCGAUGCUUUUGUUCUGGCUAGCGACGGUGUUUUGGUUAGACUCCGACACCUCUCUGGCAGACUCUCUUGGCAAUAUCAGCUUCCGACCGGCUACAGCCCUGUCGCCGCGUCUUAUGUCGAAUCUCUCUCAGCGAUUGCCAUCGUCGUACGAUCCCAGCAGUCUGGACUUGGCUACAUCACUGUCGAUAUCAAUUCAGGAGAGUCAACCUCGGACUUUAUCCGUCUCGACACUCUCCCCGCUGCAGUCGGCGUCACCGUUGUUUCCAGCGAUCUGCUCGCAUGGACUCUUCCCGCUGCGCCUGAUUCGAUCAAGCUUGGUUCUCUCUUUGACGGCAGCAGCAAGGGUGUUAUCUCUGCCUCCAAGUCGUACUCCUCCUAUGAGCUCUCCGCUCACGGAAACACACUCACCGCAACCUUCGUCAGCUCUGAUGGAAAAUCAGGCUGGGUUCAAGUCUACAAGCUUAAUCCCUCGCUCGAGCUAAUCAAGACUUCCGAGGUCUCUGCCACUGCCUCAAUCUACGCCUCAAGUGGAUCUGAUGAGCUGUUUGAGUUCCAAGAUGCGACAUUCGGAGGAUUCAGUCUUUCUGACCCGCUCGUGCGGUUGUUUGGUCCUACCGAUGUCGAGGAUCUACCCUCGCUCUCCUCCAUUGAAUUUGUCAAGUGCAGCAGCUCAGCUUGUCUGGUCGGCGACAUCUACAGCGAAUACACCUAUGUCAACUCGACCGGAAAAGUCUGGGCCCGCGACGAAUCCACCGUCGGAGCGACUGCUUCGCUUUUCGUCGAUCUUGAAGAAGAAGGCGAGGAGUCCGCUAUCGGCGACGUCUUGUUUGAAGAGCAUGCCUCCCCGGUGGAGGCUUAUGUCCAUAGACUCUCAAGACAUAUCCGUGCCUUGAACGACUUGCCCGCGUAUCUAGUCUCGUUUGUCAAGAGAUUUAUCUCUGGAAACUACGACGCUGCGCCUGAGACUUACUCUGGAUCGGUGACAAUCGGUGAUACCUUUGGUUUCCGCAAGCUGAUCAUCUUGGCGACUCCCCGAGGAGGUCUGCGUGCCCUCGACACCGCAAACGGUGGUGCGAGAGUGUGGAAGGUCGAUAACGUUCUCAGCGGGGAGCCUAUCGUUGGACUUGCGCUUGAGGAUCGUGGUGCGGCUGGUAAGAGCAUCAAGGUCAUCGGCUCCUUUGGAAAAGUUGCGACCGUCAGCGUCACGGGCACGGUCGUCGAAAUCUCAAAGUUGGAUAGACUUGGGUUGGGCGACAAGAUAGAGAAGAUUGUCAGCUUGCCUCCUGCGGGCGAAGACGAGCAGGAGACGUUGGCUGUCUGGACUGCGCACGGAGAAUUUCUUGUCGUGGGCACUGAGCCGUCGAAACCGCUUUUCUUGUCUAAGGUUGUUGAUAAUACUGUCAAGGGAUACAUCUACGAAAAGGGCUCCGUGACUGAGACUUACACAUUCUCGCUACCGACCGCAAACUACAAGAUCAGUAGUGUGUCGGCCAGAGAUCCCAAAGACGUGUCGGUCUCGAUCGGCCGUGUUCUCGGUGACCGUUCGGUUCUGUACAAGUACCUCAACCCGCACCUGCUCGCCGUCACCGCCGUCGAUCCAUCGACGUCCUCGGCGGCGGUUUUCCUGCUCGACAGUGCGAGCGGACGGCUUUUGUACUCUGGGUUCCACGACGGCGAAGUCGUCGACACUGAUGCUGGCGUAAAGGUUGUGAUGGGAGAGAACUGGGUUGUGUACAGUUACUGGUCCGAGAAGGUUGCGCGGGGCGAGAAGCUUGUUGUCUUGGAUCUGUACGAGUCGGAUAUCAAGGACGAGCGCUGGUCAAAGUCGCUGGGAAACUUCAGCAGCUUUGUCAACACGCCCGCGCCGUACGUGCAGUCACAAGCCUAUUUGUUUCCAAACCACAUCACGACACUUGCCGUCACGCGCUCGAGAUUCGGAAUUACGAACAGGGAUAUUAUCGCCGCUCUCGACACCAACAUGAUUGUCGAGCUGCCGAAGCGUCUACUGGACGCCCGGAGACCUGUCAACCGGGACCCGUCUAACGAGGAGAAAGAAGAAGGUCUGAUGCGAUACGAGCCCUUGAUUAUCGACGACCGCCGCUCGGUGAUUUCGCACGUCCGGCAGGUGAUUGGCACGCAGGUUGUCGAGUGCGCGCCCGCACUGCUAGAGUCGACGGUGCUUGUGUUUAGCCACGGCGUCGACCUAUUCUUCACGCGGGUGACGCCGAGUCAACCUUUUGACGUGCUGUCAAAGUCGUUUAACAAGGGCCAGCUUGUGACUACGAUCCUCGCGUUGGGCGUGGGUGUGCGUCUGGUCGGACCGAUGGUGAGACGGAAGCAGAUUAAGGCGAGAUGGGGGUCGUCAUAAGCAGAUAUAUAUAUAAAAAGCAUGUGAACGCGAAGAAACGUUUUUUUGUACAUUAUGAUUAACAGCUGUAUAGAAUGAACAGUAUAUAAUUAACG